AUGACUGGAGAUACCUUCAGCAAUGAACACUGGCUCAGGUCGCUCAAGACGGUGUACAUUGUUAUCGACCGCAUCACUUGGACGACGUGGUCAGGUUAUGUCACCGAGGUUAAGGGAGCGAAGGGAAAUAUGCAGGGCAUAUCAAUGACAAAGACUGCGCCCAACGGCCGAGUGACGACGGGACGCCCCAACACACCAGAAGACCCAACCGCGACACAUGUCAACCAACAUCCCGUCCUUGACCAACUACCUCAAACAGUCCACGGUACCACAAAUCUGUUGACGGUCUACGGCCAUCUUCUCGCCAAACUAUUCUUUUCCAAUGGUGCAUUCUACACACCCGAAAACAAGCCCAACGUGUCGUUCAACAUGCAACCAGACUCACCCCUCUCGGAUGAUCCCAACGGUGGGACCCUUAAUUCCCGGCUCUCCCAAUUCUGGAAGCUGCUUGCCGUCCAAGCUUACUCACUCGGCGACACAAACAGUGCUUUCAACACAUGGCAUGAUGAAGUGUGGAGGUCAUUUGAUUGUCGAGGAAACAAAGAACAUAUUGGCAUGGAGGACUUGUAUACACUCGAUCAAAGGUUAAAAGCAUGGAAAGACUGGCGCUAUUCCGACGCUUCCAGCAUGCUCGUCCUAGCGGGGCACAACAACGACGUUUCUUCGAAUAAUGGCUGGAUCUCGCCAGUUGCCGUCAGGGUGGUGAAGACCAUCAGAGAGGAAAGGGAAAAGCAGCAAGCAUUACCGGAUCGUCCCACCUGGGCUUUUUACCAGUGGAAGUACGGUUACAUGUCCGGAUUGCGACCCAAGCCGCCGUUAACGGUCCCUGAUAUGCUCAGACAUGUUCUUGCCCAGUUGGUGGAUCAGAACAAGCAUGUCUUGGAAGAUGAUGGAGCAUACGGUCGGAUUUGCCAGGCUCUGGAGGGAAUUGCGGAGGCUGUACAAGCGUCAAAGCAGGCUACAGAAAGCAAACAUACAUCAGCCUACGAGAGUUCCAGGAAGGCCAUCGAACAUGCUGUGUUGGGGGUUGUGGGUGAACUCGGGAAGGACAGAACCACUUGGAUUGUUUUGGACCGCCUGGAUGAAGGGAAGCCAAACAGGACUCUCGGGUUACAAGUCUUGGCUAACUUGGUCAAGAAAGCCCAUGUUACGGUGAAGGUUCUGGUAGUUACAAAUUUUCUCGAUUGGGGCACCUCCUGUAAAAAGGAAGUCAACGAGUUGGCGAAGGACGCAAAGGGAAACAUUGUUUUUUUUGAGUGGUCGGAGGAGAACCGUGAUCUUUUCUGAGAACGAUGAUCAGCUCAUGAGGGGAAGAUAGACAAAGCUUAUUGGGACAUCAACAGGAG